AGGAACCCAUGGGAAAAGCAUGUAUGCACAAUGCACAUGGGUAUGCAUGUGAUGCAUGUAUACCGAAUAAUGUUUAUAUUGUAUAAUGUUUACAUUUAGUUUAAAAUUAAAAUUACCAAAAUGUAGGGGUAUAAUGACAAGACUAAAUGUUCAUACACAAAAGAAAGAAAAAUAUAAUUAUUUUACAUCAGAAAAUGUUAUGGAUUACCGUACUUUUAUUGAAGAAUUUCGAACAAAUAGUUUUUCAUUUGAAACUGUAUUGAAGUACAGAAUAGUUUUGAAAACUCCUAUAAAUGUUUUACAAGAAAAUUAUGCUUUAUGCAAGGAAAAUAAGAUAACAUUCAUGUCGCCAUUAAAUACUGCCACGUUAUUAUCCUUGCCGACACCAAGAAUGCGCCAUAAUAUUGGCAUUCUCAAAGAAUGUGGAUCUAUUAGGCUCACUGAUUACAAUGUAGCAAGAUUACCAAGGCUGAUGAAGUUGCAACUCGAUACAUUUAAAAAUGUUGCACAUAUUCCGCAAAAAGUGAAUGUUGCAGGAGAAAUUCACAAAAACGUAUUCUUGAAAUCUUACAACUCCACAGUUUUUGAAAAUCUUAAUGAAGAUAUGACAUUUUUUGAAUUACGUUUUUUAUUAAUACCACACUAUGUAUAUUGGAAGUUCAACAUUUCUAUAAGCAACCAAAUCAAAAGAUCAACAAUGAGGAAUAUAUUUUUAUUUAAAAGCUGGCAUUUGGUUAACGAAAACGUUGACUUCUUAAAAAACAAUAUUGGAUUCAAGUAUAAUACUAAAUCCAACAAUAUGUAUGCUGUAAAAUGUGAUUUAAACAAUGUUAGAAGAAUAUGCGAGGAGAUAAAGAAUAUUGAUAAAAUGACUAUGAAAGAGGUUAUUAAUAAGUGUCCGCAAAUAUUACUUCAGUCGGCGGAUAGUAUUAAAGAAUUUUUAACUUGGUAUCGACGGAAUCGAUUAAAGGAGUAUUUGAUAUUGAACAAUUUAAAAGUUCUUUCAUUAAACUCUGAUGAAGCUAUAAAGAAUUUGGAAAAGAUAUUAAGGAACCCAGCUCUUGCGAACUUUCAAAAUCAUCCAAGAUUUUUAAAUUUACUAUUUGUGAAUCAUGAUUUAACAAAAAGAAUAGCAUAUUUGGAAUCAAAUAAUAUGACAAAAAGUUGGAAGAAUAUUACGAUAUCAUUCAGCGAAAUGAACAAGACUAAUAAAAAAACUUUUAAAAUGAAACUGAUUAAUUGCAAGGAAUUUUUAAAUAUUGAAUUUCCAAAACAAGGACCAGCUUUAUUUGUGGAGCUUAGAAAGAAUCCAAAUUGGCAUCGCAUUGAUUUAUUUCAAAUGUUUGAAUCUAUUCAGUAUUUAAAGGAACAUUUUUCCCUUGACGCUAUUUCCAGUAAUAUUCACAUAAUUUUGUAUGAAAGGAUCAGGAUAGACAAGAUUUUAAAUUUCGUUCGCCAUCGGUAUAAGAAUUACAGGGAUCAUGAGUUGUCACCAUCGCAACAUCUUGCAUUAUGUGUAUACCAUUUGGAAGUAGAAUAUCACUUUUCUGGUGAUAGUAUUUUGCACACAACAGACAAGCGAGUGGAGAACAAGAGUUAAUUGUUAAAUGGAAUCUACCGCAAUAUUUACAUGCAAGAAAGAGAACUGAAAUCUAUUUUGAUAAUGUUUUAUUUAUAAAAAGUGUAUGAAAGCUAAAAUGUAAGUGUUCAUCUAGACCUAUAAUAAAAUAAUAUACUUUGUUUUAAA